GCCAUGUUAGAUUUUGAAACUUAUCAAAAUCAAAUAGCUUUUGCAGGAAGUAAGCCGUAGGAUAUCGACGUAACGUAACCAGCAACCGUUUAAAUAGAUACUACUUUGAAAUGUUACAAACAUAAGUAUACCAAGUAUGGAUCCGAACCACAAGAAGAUACUGAUCAAAAACAGAGUGGCGUUGAUAGAUUUAGACGUCAACGAAGAGUUCAUCGGCAAUCUUAAAGCAAAUGGGGUUUUGUCAAGAAAUAUGGUAGAAGACAUAGAGGUAGAACAACGGCGAUCCAGAAAGGCCGGUGUGUUCUUAGAUAUUUUGGAACGAAGGGGUGAAAAUGCAUUCGAUGAAUUCUAUGAAGCGCUUAUAAAGACUGAACAAGGUCACCUAGCAGACAUUCUGAAGCCGGAUAUGGCUGCAUCACGGAAAUCCGAACAACUUGCAAGAAUUGCAGGCAAUAAAUCUGCAUUACCACAAUCAAAUUCAACGGGACGCCAUUUUCAGUCAAGCACGGUUCAGAGUAUGAACGGACAACAUAUACAUUACCCAUCAGAGGAUUUCAACGUCCGUUCUUCCAUACCAGUUGAAGAUGAGGAAUUACCCAGUGAGUGGCCACCCAAGAACUGGGAUCCGUAUAAAGAAAUAGAACAAAUGAAAGUCAUGGGGCAUCCGUCUGACUGGCCGACGAAAGUUCACGAUCGUUUUGUUGGAAAUAGUAAAGAGUGCUAUGCGAUGAAAGGUAGGAAAGGAAGAGCAGUGAUCAUCAACAACCAGAACUUUGAUGACACGAGCACUUUGACGAAUAGAUCAGGUUCUGAACAAGAUGCAGAGAUCCUCUCUAAAUUAUUCACAAAACUUGGAUACGAUGUUCGUAAAUAUGAUAAUUUGACUGCAUGUGAUAUGCAGAAAUAUUUGAACAACGAGGCUAAGCAAGAUUAUCAUAACUAUUGCUGCUCGUUUGUUUGUGCUAUUCUAAGCCAUGGGGGUGAGGGAAACACAAUAUAUGGAGUGGACGGAGACACAAUGAGUGUGAAGGACAUCACACUGAUUUUUAACAAUCAAAAUUGUGAAUAUCUAUCUGGUAAACCGAAGAUUUUCAUCAUUCAAGCCUGCCAAGGAAAUACAAAAGACACUGGUGCACUCGACAGAAGUGAUAGCAGUAACAAUAUCCUUGAGAGUUUGUCACUUGACACAACGGAUGGUUCCAUCAGUCCUCUGAAAGGCGGGUGUGAAUCAUCUCAUGGGAGAUAUUAUGUUCCCGAUGGCGAAGAUUCAGUUGAUGGUUCUUAUCCGGGACUUGAUAGAUGCGACAGUGUACCAACUGACUCGGACAUCCUGGUGGCCAAUUCAACCACUGAAGGGAAGACUUCAUGGCGUGUAGGUGGUCGGGGCAGUUGGUUUAUACAAGCUGUUGUAUAUGUGUUUGCUAAAAUGGCCCACAAUACUGAUAUCAGUAAACUAUUUGUGAAGGUUAAUGGACUCGUCUCAAGCGCAACAACUAAAACAAAUUUCAAACAAGCAUCGAAAGUGGAAAAUACGCUAAGAAAAGAUCUGUAUCUCUAUCCUGGUAUAGGCGAAAGUUACUGCUAGAGUGAUUGCGUUGACUCUAUUAAUACGUCCUUAAAGUGUAUCAUAAGUUGACGAUGCAACUCACUGUUUAAACGUUGUCAAAAUGAUGGGAUACUUCUACUUUUUGUGAAAAUAUUCUUUGAUGUAUCGACUUCAGUAUCUUUCUUCGAAGUGUAAUGACAUAGGAUUCUCAGCUCCAAAGAAACAAUUUGUGAAAGGAUCAGCCUCACCACUCAGGACAGUGUUGAAACAUAAAAUGCUAGGAACAACUAAAAUGAGCGAAAGCUAUUUAUAUGCCAUCCAGAUUAUCGUAAAGACUGUCUGUCAACAGAAGGGAAGGGGCAUCACGUUGUUAUUGAUGGAAAUCAAUCAGACGGACUAUUCUUGAAAUAAAAAGUUACAGCAUUUUGAAAAAAGUGGCGUCUUUUUGGCCC